AAAUGAUUCUUAGAAAUUUUACAAGUUUCAACGCACAUUUUCAAAAUUGCUUUCGUAACGUUUAAUUUAGCUAUGCUUUACGCGACGGAGGAUGCGAAAGAACAAGCGCAUAAACUGUUGGAUAAAAUAUUUAGCAUUGCUGAUCAAUUUCAAGUAAUUUACCAACUUCAGAAGAUAAAUUAUACAUUGUUAUCAAGCGGUCGAUUGAUAUAUAAUGGCAAAGCAGAACAGCGUAAUAUGUAUCGAUCGAUCGUUAUUCAGAUGUAACUUGUCUUGGGAAUGAUGCUUAUGCAUUGAUUCAGGUAGAAUUGCCGUCGCAAUUUCAACGAUGUCGAAAGAACUAAAAAUAUAUAGAAAGUAUGCUAGUUUCGUAAAACGUUUUCUCCUCCUUAGUGGGAUGUGUCCGAUUACGAAGAAGCGGGAUGUAUUUUAUCGGUGCAUAUCAAUUUGGUCGAUAUUUUCCUCUUUCAUUUCACUCUGCGUCGUAGGAAAUUUUUGCUCACAGAAUGUUCAGAAUAUCGCUUUGCUUACCGCUUCGUUUUCCCUCUUCUGUGCCAUAUUGAAUACAACUAUGAAGGCUUGCUGCUUUUUCAUCUAUCAAAAUAAACUGCAACAAGCAAAUGAUAUACUCAGUUCUAUGUUGGAACAAGCACUAAGCGAAACAGAUAUAGGAUCAAUAGCUUUUUCCUGGGUUCGAACGUUUUAUCGAUUGAUUUAUCUACAGUUUACGUUAAUGGCAAUCAACAGCACUAUACACGCAUUUAAACCGUUGAUUACGAGAAUACUUUACAACGCGAACAAUACAACAAAUCUACAAUAUCCUUUACCCUUUCCUGCAAGUUAUCCUUGGACGAUUGAUUCAAUGUUAGUCUGGCAAUUGCAUUAUCUCUUUGAUUUGAAUAUUGUUUGGAAUAUAAUCUCUGUAUCUACCGGUGUAGAUGGAUUUUUCAGCUUUUGCUUAUUUCGUAUAUCGGUAAUGUUACGUUUGUUGGGUUUUGAGUUCGAGAUGAGAUUUUCAACUGACGAGAAGAAUAAGGCGAAUAAAGAGUAUGAGGAGAAUCGUAAACGGAUCUUUCAAGAAUGCGUCAACAAGCACGCUCUGUUACUGAAAUGUCGAGACAUUGUUCAAGAAGCUUACGGACCCGUCAUACUAUUAACAACAAUAACGAGCGCAACGAGUCUAUGUACUUUAAUAUUUCAGGUUUUGCAGGUUAAAGGACAAAUUAUGGGUAAAAUCAUAAUGUGUACUGUUUUCAUUUUUAUGAAAUUAUUACAAACGUUCCUGUACGCCUGGCCUGCAGACGUAAUUCUUAUUGAGAGCGAUCGUUUUCGUCACAAGGUUUAUUUUAGCGAUUGGUACAAACACAAGGAUACUAGUUUCGCAAAAGGCUUUACGCUGAUAUUAGCACAGAGAUCGAUAGUUCUGAAAGCGUGUGACUUGAUGCAAGUUUCAUUGGAUCUUUUUGUUAAGGUUUUGAAUACCGCAGUAUCCUACUAUUUCUUGUUAGAAACCAUUGAUAAGGAUAAAUAAUAUAAAUGAAAUUGGUACUGAUAUAGUAUCACGAUAGUAAGAGUACCUAAUAAUGAUGAUUACGAUGAUAAUAAUAGGGGAAAAAGACAUCGAAAAGAAAAAGCAUAAUAGCUUUGUAAAAUACAGUUUUCGACGAUCUUUAAGCUGCAAAACGAUUUGUACGAAUUGUGUAUUUGCCUAAUCAUAAGUAGAGCAACAGUAAGCUACCAAGUCAACGCUGUUUUUUCUCUUCUUUCUUGGUAGAUGGUAAAUAAAAGCAAGAUAAUGCGUAUUACAAAUAUAUUUCAA